CUCUCUCUUCCCGCUAACCCCCCCGGCCUCCGCAACCGCAUCCAUGGCCGCCGCGGCGGCCGCGCCCAUCCCACCCCGCAGCGCUAGCCCGAACCCACUCCUCCUCCGCCCGCCGGUCCUGGUGGUACGGCGGCUGCGGCUCCGCCUCCUCCCGCCCCGCCGCGCGCGCCUCGUCGUGGCCGCGGCCGCGGCCGCCGCCACCACCGCGGCCGCGGCGUCCGUGGCACCCGACGACAUCGCGCAGCUCAACCACCGCCUCCGCGCGCUCGUGCGGCGGCGGGACGCGUCGUCGUCGGCGGCCUUGUCCGUGGACCCGGCGCAGGCGGAGGCGUACCUGCGCAUGAUCCGGGAGCAGCAGCGGAUGGGGCUACGUCAGCUGCGCGGGGACGGGGACGGGGCGGCGUCUCAGGAGGGGGAGAGCGACGGGGACGGAGACGAAGGGGGAGGGGGGAGGAGGAAGGGGGUGGUGGCGGCGGGGAGCUCGUUGGGUCACCGGGUGGACCCGCGGGAGCUGGAGGCCGGGGAGUACGUCGUGCACAAGAAGGUCGGCGUCGGCAAGUUCGUCUGCAUCAGCGCCGAGGACGGUCUCGACUACGUCUUCAUACAGUACGCCGACGCCAUGGCCAAGCUCGCCGUCGACCAGGCCGCCCGCAUGCUCUACAGAUACAACCUACCUCACGAGAAGCAGAGACCACGGAAUUUGAGCAAACUGAACGAUCCUUCCACGUGGGAGAAGAGAAGACUGAAAGGGAAGCUUGCUGUUCAGAAAAUGGUAGUCAAUUUGAUGGAGUUGUAUUUACAAAGGAUGAGGCAGAAAAGGCCUCCUUACCCGAAGCCUGUGGGAAUGGAUCAGUUUACUGCUGAAUUUCCCUAUGAGCCCACUCCAGACCAAAACCAGGCUUUUAUAGAUGUUGACAAAGAUCUGACUGAAAGGGAAACCCCAAUGGACAGAUUGAUUUGUGGAGAUGUUGGGUUUGGUAAAACUGAAGUUGCAAUGCGUGCUAUAUUCAUUGUUAUAUCUGCUGGAUUUCAAGCUAUGGUUCUUGCUCCAACUGUAAUACUAGCCAAGCAACAUUAUGAUGUAAUGUCUGAGCGUUUCUCCAAUUAUCCUGAUAUUAAGGUUGCCAUGUUUAGUGGUGCUCAGACCAAAGAAGAAAAAGAUGAGCUAAUAACAAAGAUAAGGAAUGGUGAUUUGCAUAUUAUUGUUGGAACUCAUGCUGUUCUUACAGAACGUAUGGCAUAUAACAAUCUUGGUCUCCUAGUGGUGGAUGAAGAACAGAAGUUUGGUGUCCAACAAAAGGAGAAGAUUGCAUCAUACAAGGCUUCUAUUGAUGUUCUCACACUGUCUGCAACACCCAUUCCACGUACUUUGUAUCUCGCGUUGACAGGUUUCCGUGAUGCCAGUUUAAUGUCUACGCCGCCUCCAGAAAGAGUUGCUGUAAGGACCUACGUGUCAGGAUUUAGCAAAGAAAGGGCUCUAUCAGCUAUUAAGUUUGAGUUGGCACGUGGUGGUCAAGUUUUCUAUGUUGUUCCUCGAAUAAAAGCAAUAGAUGAUGUGCUGCAAUUUCUCAAGGAUUCUCUUCCAGAUGUUCCAAUGGCUGUUGCUCAUGGAAAGAAAGUUUCAAAGAACAUACAACUUGCUAUGGAAAAAUUUGCUUGUGGAGAAGUCAAAAUUCUGGUCUGCACACACAUCAUUGAAAGUGGAAUAGAUAUUCCAAAUGCCAACACGAUGGUAGUUCAGUAUGCUGAACUAUUUGGGCUUGCACAGCUAUAUCAGUUGCGAGGUAGAGUAGGAAGAUCCGGCACAGAAGGUUUCGCAUACCUCUUCUACACUGAUAAGUCUUUGCUCUCAAAGAUUGCAACGGAUAGACUUGGAGCUAUUGAGGAGCAUUCAGAUCUUGGUCAAGGUUUCCAUGUUGCAGAGAAGGAUAUGGGUAUCAGGGGGUUCGGAAGCUUGUUUGGUGAGCAACAAUCUGGAGAUGUUGCAAAUGUUGGCAUUGAUCUAUUCUUUGAUAUGCUUUUUGAUAGCUUGUCAAAGGUUGAUCAGUUUUGUCUUAUUCCCGUCCCUUACAAAGAUGUUCAGCUGGAUAUAAACAUUUCUUCACGUCUCUCCUCUGAAUACAUAAGUUACCUUGAAAAUCCGGUGGAAUUGCUUAACGAAGCUGCAAAAGCUGCAGAGAAAGACCUAUGGACCUUAAUACAAUUCACAGAAGAUCUUCGUCGACAAUAUGGAAAGGAGCCUCGUGAUAUGGAGUUGCUAUUGAAAAAGCUCUAUGUAAGACGGAUGGCAGCAGAUCUUGGUAUCAGUAGGAUAUAUUCAUCUGGCAAAAUGAUCAUCAUGAAAACAAACAUGAACAAGAAGGUAUUUCGGCUCAUGAGAGAAGCAAUGUCUUUGGAGACUCAUCGAAAUUCCUUAUCAUUCACUGGAAAGGAAAUUAAGGGUGAACUACUUGUCAAUCUGCCGGACACUCUACUCCUGAAUUGGCUUUUUCAUUGCUUAGCAGACUGCUAUGCUGUAAUACCAGCACUUGUGAAGUACUAGAACUUGUUUGUGAAAAAUGAAGGUUUUGCCCGCAGCUUAUACGUGAGAACAUGAUACAAUUUGUGAGAAGGCAGUCUCGGCUAUCUUGAUAGUCAGCAACGGAUAGUUCUUGAUUGUUAUGGCUGUUCUUGUUAUACGAACAGCAAGGUGUUGGCAUUGAUGGACUAACCUAUACACGAACUGGAAGAUAGUUGGUGGAAUGAAGAGCUAGUGAAAAUUAUGUUAGAUAGCAAUGGCUGAUUGAUAGUAAAUCCAUCAACUUGGACUCAGCAUGACAGUUCAAACAAACUGGAAGCCUUGAAAAACUCGGUUAAAAUUCUUCCUGACAUAAUAAGUUGCCUUCAAAUAUCUUACAGGAUUUUUAACAGAACCCCCAAAGUCUCCAUAUAUUUUUUUCGACUGCAUGUAUAUAUGUGAUGUCAUGCACUGACCCAUUUAAUUACCAUAAAUCAUGGUGUUUGAUAAAGAAAGUGUUAGCCAGUGAAUUGACAUAUUUUGUUCGACAUGUUUUUUUGUCCAACCAGAUGAUGAUGAUAGUUUAGUUUAGUGCAACAAAGUGGGAUUCCUGUACCAUAAUGCAGAUAAACUGGAUAUGCAUUUAUAAGAAUGAAGAUGAAGUCUUGUUUUUGUUAAACUGUACAAAUUUGCAUGGUAAAAUUGCGAACUGUACUGACCUCUUGUGAACACCAUGUAAGAUUCAAUGUGGAAGAGAGAAGUAGAGGGAAGGGCA